UAUUCAAAAUAUAUUCUUAUAGUUUAAUAGCUAUUAUAUGUGUAAAAACCAUCUCCAUAACAUAAACUAAAAAUCUGCUAAAAAUAGAAGAAUGUCUGAAGGGAAGAACUGGGUUUUCUUGAUAACGGAACAGCAUAGAUACCAGGGAUUAUCUUAUAAAUCAGAUAUAAUUGUUAUCUCAGGGUUAGAUGCUGGUGACAGGCAGGCCUUAGAGCAGAAAUAUAAUGGGUUUGAUCCCCCCUGUUUGUUGGACAGCUCAGAUGGCAGGUUUGUGUUAAAAGGAAAUAGUUACAAUCAUAUAGAUGUUAUGAACUCUCUUAUCUCCAGACGAGGGUACAGUAUUGAAUAUAAUCCACAGCAGCGUAAUAUCCCCAGCUUACAAAGCAAAGACGACAAGUUUUCCAUGAUGUACCAUUUGAGUAAGCCCAUACGAUUAAGAAGACAGGAAACUGUUGCAUCUUUUGGAUCCUCCUCCAUGUUGGAUGAACCUGACCUGGCAAAGAAGACUGAAGAAAUGAAAUUAAAAUAGAAAAUAGAAAUUAGAGAGUAGUAAAAAUUAUCUUUUAUUUUUAAUUUUAAUUGCGUAAUCAUUCCUUUUUAAUGUUUCAAACAACAAGCUUUAUGUCGCAGCUUUUUUUUGUAAAUUUUAAAUUGGGUUGAAAUUAUAAUUAUUUGCAACUACUGUACAGGGAAGUUAAAAGAAUUCCCAAGACCAAUUUGUCUAAAAAAUAGCCAGAGCGCAGGGAGGGACGUUUUGUAGACAAAAUUGGUCAAGGAAACCCGUGGUUAAGUAAAAUUUUAAAUUUUCCGAAAAAGCAGUUGUAAAUAAUUAUAAGUUAAACCCAAUUUAACUGUCCAAAGGGAGGUUAAGUAACUUAACCUCCCACUGUUGGGGGAAUUAUAGGUCGGUAAUGUUGGUCAAGAGGCGGUAAAUUAAAUAAAUGAAAUUUAAAUAUUUAAAGCAAGGGGUAAAAUUAAAAAAUGGCUCAGUGCUGUGCUAUGAUUUAUUAUCAGGGCAUCAUAAAUAAUAAGGCAUGUUUAUGCAUAUAUAUAUGCUUUAAAAGAUAUCAUUUCUACAUAUAUUUUUAUUUUAUGUACGCUUGAUUCUUAUUAUCCUACAUACAGCGGAACCCUUAAAACUGUGGAAUUGGAAAACUCGAGAAAUGAUUUUGAAUAUUCUAAUGAAAAUGAAACGAUUCAAUUUCGCAGUGACAACAGACCCAUUUCACUUUCAAACUACUCGAAAUUUCGUCUUUAUAGUCUGCAAUUUUAAGGGUCCCGCUGUAUCAUUACUACCAAAGAUACUCAUUGAUAAACUGUAGAAAUCUAGAAAUUGUAAUUGUAAUUAAUUUACUGUCCAUGUAUGUGUUUGUUAUUAUUAAAGUGUUAUUGUUAAAUCCAUUGUUUUUGAAGAAGACGACAUUCUUUUGAAUGUAAAAACGUAAAAGUCAGGCUAAAUAUUGUUAUAUACUCAAUAAACAUCAUGAACAAAUUCAAUAAAUUUAGCCACUCAAAA